AUGAGGAAUAUCUCAGGCGCUUUUCUGGCCAUCGUGCUCAGCUUGACUUUUGGCCAUGUCUCUGCAUUCUGGCGUAUGGUCUGCGGAACCGUUCAGGUGGGCAGAGUUGAUCCCAUUGUCAACCCCGGAGGGGUGUCCGGUCACUGUCACACCAUUGCAGGACCAAACAACAUAAACACGACAUCGACCUAUGACAGCCUCCAAGCCUCUUUCUGCACUUCCUGCAGCAUUCAACAAGACAAGAGCGCUUACUGGACCCCGAAUCUGUACUACAGACACCGCAAUGGAUCAUAUGAGGAAGUCCCGCAUGAUGGAACAGUCGUGUACUAUCUGGAUCGAGGCGUGGAUGUCCCCAACAUGAUUCCUUUCCCAGUUGGCUUCCGUAUGCUUUCUGGCGAUGCUGCGGCUCGCUCAUUCGACCCAAACACCAUGACCUAUUCAAACGCGUCCUAUGGCGGUACUCCGAUUUCCAACCGUGUCAGUUUCGCCUGUUUGGACAGCAGUGGACCCGAGCCAGAGACUCCAGGCUUCAAUUCCACCAAAUGUGACUCCGGUCUUCGCGCCCAGAUACACUUCCAAAGCUGUUGGGAUGGUGUCAAUCUAUACAAGAGUGACCAGAGCCACGUGGCGUAUCUCUCUGGAAUGGACAAUGGGAUCUGCCCGCCUGACCAUCCGUAUCUGCUCCCUCACUUGUUCUUCGAAGUCAUCUAUUCUGUGGACACCGUCGACCAAUCUGACGGUGGAAUGUUCGUCUUUUCUCAGGGCGAUACGACGGGCUACGGCUUCCAUGGCGACUUCUUGAAUGGCUGGGACAUGGAUGUCCUGGAAGCUGCCAUGGACCAGUGUAUGGGUGCCAACGCCACCAACGAUGGUCAGAUCGGUCUCUGUCCACCGCUCCAAGCAUCUGUCGAUCCGUAUUUCAGCCAGAACUGUCCCGAACAGCCUCCCAUCGUUAAUGAGACUGUCCACGGCCUACUGAAUGUGCUUCCAGGUUGCAACCCUCCAACAGGCGGGCCUAUACGUGCCACUCAAAAUAUCUGUCCCGUCCAACCGGCGCUGAACUACAUCCCCAACCAGGACUGGAUGAACCGAUCCGUCGCCAUUCCGGGUCAACUAGUAGGCAGCUGGCAGUACAUGGGAUGUGCUCUCGACUCAAGCACGCCUCGCCCACUGGCCGGUUUGAGCUACACCAGUUCAAACAACAUGUCCAUCGAGAGUUGUACAGCCUUCUGCCAUCAAAACGGCUACUUCAUGGCUGGCAUGGAGUUCUCGACUCAGUGCUAUUGCGCUAGCGAGCUGACGCAGCCGCUGCAGAGCGCACUGAACUGUUCACAACAGGACUACAUGAUCUGCAGUGGCAAUGAGUUCGAAUAUUGUGGCGGACAGAGUCUCAUGCAGAUAUGGAAUGAUACCACGUACUCGGGUCCGGCCAUCAAACCGACGCCUGUAGCCGGUUCGACCGUCAUGUCUGUCCCAGGCGGCGGGAAUGCAACAUACCAAGGUUGUUUCGUGGAGGCAGUGGGAGGCCGAGCCCUGUCGGGAACGUCCUUCUCGAACAGCACUGGUAUGACUUUGGAGCUUUGUGCUGCGUUCUGCUCAAUGACCAGCUCUGCGUUCUUCGGCACCGAGUAUAGUCAAGAAUGCUACUGCGGCAACAGCAUCAGUACCGCUACAGCCCCACAGUCGGACUGUUCCAUGUUCUGCACAGGUGACAACACCGAGUUCUGCGGUGGAGGCUCUCGCCUUUCAGUGUGGUCGUUAGGAAACUACUACUCUGGAAACGGCACCGGCACGAUCGGAAACUCUUCGCCUUCAUCAAGUGCUAGCCCUGUUCCCCCGGCCACAGGAAUAUCUUUGAUCGGUUGCUACAGCGAGACCACCCCAACACGGGCAUUGAGCGCCCUCUUCACCUCCGGCACAUUCGUGACGGUCGACUACUGCGCACAGCAAGCGCAACAGCUCAAUCUGCAGUACUUUGGGCUUGAAUACGCCUCGCAAUGCCUGGCCGACAGCGUGCUUUCCCCUAAUUCCAUGCAAAUUGCAUCGUCCCAAUGCAGCAUGACCUGCGCGGGCAACAGCAGCGAGGUCUGUGGCGGCCCCAACGCCAUCUCCCUGUACAAGAACGACUUGUACGUCGCGCCCGUCAACCCGAAUCCCGUAAACGUGCCGAACCAGCCCGGGUCCCAGUACGCGUACGUGGGGUGCUACAACGAAGGCACGGGGGCUCGCGCGCUGGGCAGCACCAACGUCAACGGCUCGGCGACCACCACUUCAGCAACGCUGACCGUCGAGGCCUGCGCCGCCUACUGCUUCUCCAAGGGCUACCCGUGGAUGGGCGUCGAGGACCAAAACCAGUGCUUCUGCAACGCCGCGGGCGUCAUCAACGGCGCCACCCUCGCCCCCGCCGGCGACGCAGCCUGCAACAUGACCUGCGCCGGCAACGCUUCCGAGUUGUGCGGCGCCGCCGCGGUGCUGAACGUCUACCAGUUGACCAGCGCGAGCGGGAGUGCCAAGUAUGCCAGGAGGGGCUUGUGGUAUGGAACCUGGUGA